GGUAAAUGAAAACAAGUUUUUAAAAAAAAAACGUAGAAAAGUAUAAAAAUUUAUUAAAGUUCCCUCGACUGUUGGAUUUUGAAGUAUAAACGUGCUGUAUUUUGAAGUAUAAACGUGCUGUAAAUCAGAGCACUUUUAAUGCCAUGAAAGUUUUUCCCUUGCUAAUUGUUUUUGAGAUUUUGUUUGGAUAUGAUUCAUCGGAGGUAGAAGUAGACUCUUUUCUAGAAAAUCCUAGUAUGUAUCCAGGACACAUGGAGCCAUUAGGAUCAAAGCAACCUCAGGUUGAAAUAGAAACAUUAUAUGAAUAUCCUAAUCCUCAAGAUUUUUUCAAAGAUUAUGUAAAGCCUGGAAGACCAUUUUUGCUGAAAAAGGGUGCUGUUAAUCAGCCAGCUUUUAAACUUUGGAGCGAUGACUACAUGAAAAGCUUUCCAGAGGCUGCCACUGAGCAAGUUGCCUGUGAACCAAAUUUGAAAGAAAUUCGAGAGGCACAAGGGUUUUAUACUUCUAUGCUGGAUUUUAUUAAUCGAUAUCACAAAGAGGAAAUUUAUAUGGUUAGCAAAGUUCCAGAUUAUUUACAAAAAGACAUUUUGAUGCCACCUCCUCUAAGAUGUAAUAAUACCAGAAAGCUCAUGCUGGAUCAUGUAACCUGGAUGAGUUCUGGUGGAACAAAAUCUGUCUUGCAUAAUGAUGAUCUUGAUAACAUUAACUGUCUUUUUCGAGGAACAAAAGAACUUUUAUUUAUAAAUCCAGUGAAAUAUGGCAAAAAGGUACCAAUUGAUCGUCCCAGAGGUGGCUAUUCCUCAUUAGAUGUUGAUAAAGUUAAUUUUACAAAGUAUCCUGCUCUAAGAGAAGUUGAAUAUAUUCAUUGUACAAUGGAAGAAGGAGAUUGUCUAUUCAUACCAUGGAGAUGGUAUCAUCAAGUCAAUUCAAUUUCAAAUAAAAAUAGUCAAAACAUUGCUGUCAACAUUUGGUUCACACAUGAUGAUCAACAUAUACCUGAACAGUGUGAUGUUGAUGAUGGCAAGACAUCUAUCAAUAAUUGGGUAUUUAAUGGUAUAGAGUCUUAUGCUUCAGAAGUAGAUGAAAGUGUGAGCAUAUACCCCCUAAUAGAUAUUGUGAAGAGUUUGAUUCAAAAGACAAAAUAUCAACGAAUAAAUUUUAAAACAUUUUUCACACUGCUACACAAGGUCCCAGGAAUAUUCAGUGGUGAAGAAUUUGAUCAUUUGAAAUUGCCUGUUGAGUUUAUUAAGGCAUGCAAAGAGACAUUUGAUAAAAUUAAUGUUGUAGAAGAUAAAUACAUUGAUGACAAAGAUUUUAAGAAAAUAUCUUCUGAUGAAUUGUCUGAGGAUAUUGAAGCUUCUAUAGGAAAGCAAUUUGAAACAAUGGUUAAUAUUGUUGAUGAAUUAUUAACACAAGAAUCUUUAGUUGGUUCCGCUGAAGAAAACAAAAACGACGACAAAGAAGAAAUAGUUCCCGAUGAUAAAGCAGCAAAUGAUAAAGUAGAACUGUGAAGAAAAUUUUUAUGCUAAAAUUUUUAUGUUAAAAUUUUUAUUUGUUGUUGCAUUUAUUUUUAAUUGCAUUUAUUUUUUAGAAAUAUUUUUAAUAUAUAAUAUCUAAAGCUUCA